UGCAACUCCAAAAUCUUGCGCUUUCGCGUCCUGCAGUUAUCGAGUUUACCAUAGCGCCUCUACCUCACAUUUACUGCGGAACAAGAUGAUUUUAGAAGACCAAAGAUUCCUCCAUGAGGAUCUGGAGCGGCUGGAGCAAGCAAUCACCGACCGCGUGGCAGAGGAUCCCAAAAAUAUAAAAGACCGAUUAACCCGCGACCACCAGAUAGACGGCUUCCUCAGUCGCAUUCAAGAGCAAUCCAAGCGUCUACUCGAUAUAUACAAAGACGCAGACGGUCUCCGCCUGAAAGAAGUCCAGUCCCUCUCCACCGGCGAACCAUUCGAAGAAUUCUACAAACAGCUCGAAGAAGUCAAAGACUUCCAUCGUCGCUACCCUAAUGAGCCUGUCGAGAAUCUCGAGCGCGCCUACAAGCGCCGGCGACCCGAGGAAGGAGAAUACAUUCCCUCGGAGGUGGAUAACAUGUUUAGCGGAGAAGAGUCGAACGGCCGGUUUCUGGACUUGACACAACUACACGAAGACUACCUCAACAUUCCCGGGGUCAAGCGCCUGACGUACCUCCAGUAUCUGGAUAACUUUGACGCAUUUGAACCUCCUCGGCUACCCAUCAAACGUCAGAACAAACUCACAGACCAAUAUUUACAAUAUGUCGCCAACCUCGACAGCUAUCUGGAAAGCUUUGUCCGGAGGACGAGGCCACUAGAAGACUUGUCGAAAUUAUUUUUGAGAUACCAACGGGACUUCGACGCAGCCUGGGAAGCGGGAACAGUGCCUGGCUGGACAAAAGAGCAGAAAGAUCAGGAAUCCAAAAGCACAUCCGCGCCUUCGGGACCCCAAACCGAAGGCACCGGCGCAGGAGUGUGGUGCCCCGACUGCGAAAAGGAGUUUACAAAUCAGAAUGUCUACAAGUCGCACUUGACAGGCAAGAAGCACCUCAAGAACGCAGAGGCCAAGAAAUCCCGGACAACCAGUAACGGCGAAGCCACCACGAAUGGCGCCACAGGCGCACCCUCGAAACCUCUUACGAUAGCUCCCUCCCUGUCCGGCACAGCGCUCAAAGAACGCGCCAUCGCUUCACACGAACACCGCAUCCGCGCCCUCGCCGAUUUCCUGUCCAACGAACGGAGCAACACGCGCGUGAAUGUUGAGCGCAAACAAGGCAUGACGGAGCGAGAGCGGCAGGCCGAAUUGGACGCUCUCUUCGCCGAAGACGAUGCUGCCGUUGCGGCGUCCGACCGGAAAGCAGCAGGGAAGAAGCGGACAGGCGGAGAGGACUCUGGGUCUGAUUCAGAAGGGGAUGAGAAGAUCUACAACCCGUUGAAACUUCCUCUGGCCUGGGAUGGGAAGCCAAUCCCCUACUGGCUUUACAAGCUGCAUGGCCUGGGAGUGGAGUUCAACUGCGAGAUUUGCGGUAACUUCGUCUACAUGGGCCGGCGGGCGUUCGACAAACACUUCUCCGAGGCACGGCACACCUACGGCCUCAAGUGCCUGGGCAUCACGGGCUCCGCGCUCUCCGGCACCGCGGGGGGUGGUGGCCUCAGCCUGUUCCGCGAGAUCACGGGGAUCGAGGACGCGCUGAAACUCUGGGACAAGAUCAAGAAGGAGAAGCGGGAGAAGGAGGUCAAGGACGACCAGGUCGUGCAGAUGGAGGACGGCGAGGGCAACGUCAUGCCCGAGCGUAUUUAUCUGGAUUUGCAGAAGCAGGGCAUUCUUUGAUAGAGAGAGAUGAUACCCUUGAUGGACGGAUCAGUCUUUACCAUUACAUACUACCGCAUCACCCCGCCCAACCAUUCAUUGUGCAUGGUGUUGAAUUGCAUACGUGUGCAUGGCAGGCAGCAAGAGAAGCAAGCCACAGCACAGGCGAACACGGCAGAUCAUUGGGAAAAGUGCGGCACGCCUGUACACCUGAGUUGACAUUGAUUCAGGCUAACAGCAUCUGGACUGGCGUUCUGCCCUCCCCCUAUUUGGGGAAAUGUAUCAUCGCAAAGUUGGGUGGACAUGGGAUACUCAUGAUUGAUGAUUCCUCUCGUCCUGGACGAGGCUGUCACUGGCGGCUUGAAAUGCAAAGACAAUCUUGUUUGCUCGAUACAAGACACGGCACCAUGUCACUCCUGUCCAUAACACAACAUUGCUCUAGACGUAAACAUUAAUUCUUC